AUCAAAAAUAUAUUAUAUAUCAAUAACCAGGUGUGUUUAAUAAACGCUGUAAACCUGAGCAGCUACACGCUAAAAACCCGCAAUGAGUAGCAUCGCGGCACUCUAUAUCACAUUUGAGUAGCAUCGCGUCAUGCUGUACUAAAAACUAAAAAAAAAAAAUAUUUUCCGCCAUUUUGAAAGCUGCGAGUGGAACUUGGACGCGUUGCUGGAUUCUCGAUUUCAAUAUGAAGCGGCAAAAAUGAUUGCAACGUUUGCAUCGUCGUCUUGAAAAGGUUUUUUUUCCAUUGAUUUAAUUAAAGCCACCGCAAACGGUUUGGCUAAAAAGAUAGUGACCUAGCUAGAAGAGGCCGUGCGAGAGAGAGAGAGCGUGGAAGAAAGAGUAUACGUCAACACUUUUAAGUUGAAAGUUGAAUUGCGCUCAGCGCUUAAACAAAGAUAUCUAAAUUAUCUAUAAUCAACGGAGACGUGUGGAUUAAAAAGAAAUCAGCCGGUGAGGCAAACGACCUACCUACUACUACCUAUCGACCAACCGCGAAACAAACAAAAUGGACAAAAAUCUAAUGUUGCCGAAGCGUUCACGCAUUGAUGUUAAAGGCAGUUUUGCCAAUGGUCCGCUCCAGGCGAGACCAUUGGUAGCCCUACUGGAUGGACGCGAUUGUUCGAUCGAGAUGCCCAUAUUAAAGGAUGUGGCCACGGUGGCCUUCUGUGAUGCACAAAGCACAUCUGAAAUACAUGAGAAAGUGCUCAAUGAGGCUGUCGGUGCAUUGAUGUGGCAUACUAUUAUCUUGACAAAAGAGGAUCUGGAGAAGUUUAAAGCUUUACGCAUCAUUGUACGCAUUGGCAGCGGCACGGAUAAUAUUGAUGUUAAGGCAGCCGGCGAAUUGGGCAUUGCUGUUUGCAAUGUACCCGGAUACGGCGUUGAAGAAGUGGCCGACACAACAAUGUGCUUGAUACUGAACCUCUACCGGCGGACGUAUUGGCUGGCGAAUAUGGUGCGAGAGGGAAAAAAGUUCACGGGCCCAGAACAAGUGCGAGAAGCAGCACAUGGCUGUGCACGCAUACGAGGCGAUACUCUUGGCUUAGUUGGACUAGGUCGCAUUGGCAGCGCUGUGGCCUUGAGAGCAAAAGCAUUCGGCUUCAAUGUUAUCUUUUACGAUCCCUACCUACCCGACGGCAUUGACAAGUCCCUUGGCCUCACACGCGUAUAUACACUGCAGGAUCUGCUGUUCCAGUCCGACUGCGUUUCACUGCAUUGUACGCUUAACGAGCACAAUCAUCAUUUAAUCAAUGAGUUCACAAUUAAACAGAUGCGACCCGGUGCAUUUUUGGUGAACACUGCCCGCGGUGGACUGGUCGAUGACGAGACUCUGGCAUUGGCACUGAAGCAGGGACGGAUAAGAGCCGCCGCACUGGACGUACACGAAAAUGAACCAUACAAUGUAUUUCAAGGUGCACUGAAAGAUGCCCCAAAUCUGAUUUGCACACCACAUGCCGCCUUCUUCAGCGAUGCGUCCGCCACGGAGCUGCGUGAGAUGGCAGCAACCGAAAUUCGACGAGCGAUUGUCGGUAAUAUUCCAGACGUAUUGAGAAAUUGUGUCAACAAGGAGUACUUUAUGCGUACGCCGCAAACCGCUGCGGCUGGUGGCGUAGCGGCGGCUGUUUAUCCCGAAGGAUUAAAUGGCGGCUAUUAUACAGGCGCACUGCAUCAUCGGGCACACAGUACCACAUCGCACGAUGGUCCCCACAGUACAACAAAUAUUGGUAGCAGCAGCAGUUCUGCUCUGGCUCCACCGCCGCCCAACUCUGCUGCUGCUGCAGCCGCUGUGGUUGCAGCACUCCUGCCACCAUCGGUGCCGCCGUUCGCUGAGCAAACUGUGCCGCAUUUGUCGCCGCAAGUUGGUGGAUUGCCGCUCGGAAUUGUGAGUAGCCAAUCGCCCCUGAGUGCGCCCGACCCUAAUAAUCAUCUGUCAUCGAGCAUAAAAACUGAAGUGAAGGCCGAGUCAUCGGAGGCGCCGUAGGCAUCUGCGCUGCUAUGGCCAGCUACAACAGGAUGUCUAAUCUAAACCAGCUGGAAACGACAAUGGGCAGUCAAAUUAUGGAA